AUGGAUUCGAAUUUUAGGUUACCUUCCAUUUCACAUAUUCUGACCCAGAUACCUGCCGCUGGGAACAGUGCUGGUACUCAACAACAGCAAUUACUACAGCAGCAGCAACCACAGCAAGAUCAGCAACGCUUAUUGCGGCAUCCUGGUAUUAUACCAAUACCACAGUGCAUUCCCGUUCAGCACUUGCCUGCUCAGCGCACUGCUCUACAAUAUACGUUCAAACCAAGUUUACAUUUACAGAAAGAUCACACGUCUUCGCCAAUUAUGCAUACUAAGGUAUUGCCAAUGUCGCCCAGCUCACCUCUUACACCUCCUCCAACAGCUGCGGCCGCGAAUGGCGGCUCCUUCAUCUCUUCCGACGCAGGCGGGGUUUCAUCCGCUAAGGUGAAAAAUGCGUCCCUGCCUGCUGCUACUGAUGUGAAUGCGGGUCACGAUCACCACAGCAAUAGGGCAUCAAGCUGUAAAUGCAACCAAGACCACAAGCAUCAGCGCAAGGUCCAUAAACAAUCUCACAUUCCGCGUCCGCGCAACGCAUUCAUUCUCUUUAGGCAGCAUUGGCACCAGCAGCUCUUUCCACAGGAACGAAUUAAACAAUCGGAACGUGGCAAUGGAUCAUUUAAGACUAAUUCACAAGUUUCAGUCGAUAUUGGCCAGCGUUGGCGAUCGCUCUCUGCGGAAGAUAGACAACACUGGCUAGAUCUCGCCAAAAAAGAGAAAGAAGAGCACAUGAAGAAGUACCCUAAUUACAAGUACGUACCUAAUAGGAGGGAGAAAAAAGGUACUAGUAGUAACGCAGCUACUACAGAUAACAUUUAUGAUGACGUUAAGAGUUCAUGCGGCACGUGCCACCACAAGGAGGACGAUUGUUAG